AUGCAGCACGACGAGAUGAUUUGGCAGGUGAUCAAUCACCAGUUUUGUUCGUUCAAGACAACGAUUGGCAAGGCCAAGAGCGACAAGACGCAUUUCUGUCAACAUCCGUACUCGGUAACGGGGUUGUGCAAUCGAACUUCGUGUCCGCUUGCGAAUUCCAAGUACGCGACGAUUCGAGAAGAAAAAGGACGCGUCCAUCUCUACAUUAAAACGGUGGAACGAGCGCAUUCUCCCAAGAAUCUGUGGGAAAAGAUUCUCUUGUCGCGCAAUUAUUCCAAAGCCACGGCACAGUUGGACGAACAUUUGGCGUACUUUCCCAAGGUCCUCAUUCAUCGCAACAAACAGCGAUUGACCAAAAUUCAUCAAUAUUUGAUUCGCAUGCGCAAAAUCAAACUCAAGGAAAUUGCCGGACGCAAAGCCAAAAUGGUAGGCAUUCAUCGCAAGAUUGAACAACGCGAAGAACGCAGAGAACGCAAGGCAUUGGUGGCUGCCAAGUUGGAACGCAACAUUCAAAAGGAGUUGGUGGAUAGAUUGGCCAAGGGAACCUAUGGAGAUAUCUACAACUUUCCAGAAGCGCCGUACCAAAAGGCAUUACAGCAACAACAAGAAAAGGAAGAAGAGGAAGAGACGGAUGAAGAAACAGAUGAGGAAGAGGAAGGAAUGGUCGAGUAUGUGGAAGAUUUGGAAUCGGACGAAGAAGAAGAGCAAGAAGAUAUUGAAGAUGUCCAGUACAUGGGAAUGGAAAGUGGGGAAGUGAAGAAGAAGACGACGAUGUGA